GGUUUAGCUCCUCUUCCAACUGACCAUUUACUGUAAUAAAUUACUUAAUACACCAGUCGUAUGAAAGUGCUAUUGGAAAAAAGGAAGGAACUGAGAUCAGCUAUCAUUUACCAGCCGCUAAAACAGGAAUAAGAAAAGUUUUUCGUGUCUUGUAUUUUAUAUGCGAGUUUCUAGAAAGUGAAAUGAUGAACUCCAGACUCUCAUUUCUGAUCCUGCUGUUACACAUUCAAGGGUCUCUAACAUUGGACAGCAUCCCUGUGACCUGUGAUGAAUACAAUAUUUGUGCUCUAAAAGGGGCAAAGGUGAUACUGAAGUGCUUUUACUCAAACAUCAACAUCACAACUGGAUUCUGGUUCAGCCAGAAACAGAGAACAAACUGGAGAAACAAAGAUGAACCUGAAGAUUUGACUUUAGAUUCAGAUUACUCAGGACGAGUGAAUCAGUGGAUCACAAACAAUGAAUCAGGACUCACAAUAGAUGAUCUGCGAGAGAGAGACAGUGGAGAAUAUCAGCUCAUGAUCAUUAUGAAGGAUGGAGUUAAACAUCUCAGCUCAGUCACAGUCAAUCUAACAGUCACAGUUUUACAGGUGAGGAUGAAUCCUGAAUCUACAGAUGGACAAGUAAAUCUGAUCUGUGAUUCUUCCUGCAAUCUGACAUCUAAUUAUUACUACUGGUACAAGAAUGGACAAUAUUUUCCAUUUAACACUUCAAAAUCCAUAUUUGUGUCAUCUAGUGGAAACACUGAUAGCUAUUACUGCCAUCUUUAUAACAUUCAGUCCUCUUCUGUGUGUGUUUCUAAAAGUGGCUGUUGGGGUGUGACUUACACCUCUACAAGAGUUUGUGCUUUAGUGGGAUCAACAGUAGAUAUUCACUCUUCAUACUCACAUCCCACUGGAUAUACAGUAGAGGAAACAUACUGGUAUUCAGUGAAGGUUUGGAAUCUACGUGAGGAUCAUCAGCUUGCUGGUCGUGUGGAGUAUAUGAACAACACACUGAGAAUCAAAGAUGUCAACAUGAGUGACUCUGAUGAAUAUGGAUUCAGUAUCAUCAGUAACACAUCAGGGGAAUUUUCUGGUAAUCCUGGAGUCAUUCUUACUGUUACAGAUACACAGGUGAUAAGCAGCCCAAACCCUGUGAUAGAUGGAGAAAAAGUGAUAUUAAGCUGUUCAACCAAAUGCACUCUGGAUAACAAACAUACUUACAUCUGGUAUAAGAAUGGACAACAGGUAACAGAUGGAUUGAGAUUAUUAAACAAGCUGUACCUGAACUCAAUCAACAGUGAGGAGCUACAAGAGUAUUCAUGUACUGUAAGAGGAACAAUGGACUCAGUCCAAACAAUCUCAGUGUUUGAUCACCACACAGUCUGUCUGCUGGUGUUUCUGCCUCAGUUUCUCAUUUUAGGAGCUCUGUGGAUGUGGUUUUUCAUCAGCAUGAACAAAUUAAAAUCUAAAAACAGAACUGAUGACAAACAUGAAGAGACUCAAGUGGUGCACAUGUCUGUGAUCAGCUGAACUGCUGGAGUGAUGUCACAACUCUCUUCAUGAUGUCAUCAGCUAUCAAAAAUCUCUCAGCAGCGAGAUCAUUGAUGUAGUGAUGUCACAUAAACAUUUUUAAAACAGCUCAGUGUAAAUAAUCUAAUGCUUAAAUGUAUGAAUUAUUCAUUUAUUGAACAACUGUAUUCAUUCAUCAUUUAACUUGUCUUGUGUCAGUGUAGCAUAAACUGUAACAUCUAAAGUCUAUAAAUUUAACAAAACUUGUAACAAUUAAUAUUCAAAUGCCCAAUGUUAUUCUUCUUGUGUUUACUGUAUCUCUUUCUGCUGCAUGGCAGCAAAUAAAUAAUUUAUCUUUUUUAUUUUCUCAGUUUAUACCCAAAUGUAAUUGUUUAGGCUACUACAUUUGUCAAGGUCAGCAUUUGUUGCCAUGUAGGUUGCCAAAAUUAAUGUACUUUUUGAAAGGGAACUGCCUCAGUGCCAACAUCAAAAUGGAUUAGAGAACCAUCUGAGACUACAAUAAAAAGUGUAAAACUCA